AUGGCCACCAAUGGGCACUUGCCUGAAGGGCCCCUCUGUGUUAACGCGCAGCAGAUCAUGGAGGGCUCCAGAGUGGGCUCCCAGGAUCUGCAGUCACUGCUGAUGGGCCAACAGCAUGGCCCAGGGUCCAUCCUGCAGCUGGGAACGCCGCUGGAUCAUCGGCUGUGCCAGGAAGGAGCCCCUGGCUCCUGUGCCGUGCCCGGCUGGGCUCCAGCAGCCGCUGGCAGCGAUCCCCAAGGCCGCAGCUGCCGCGGAGCCGCUGCCAGGAGCCUGGGGGCUCUGACAGCACCCUCAGGGAAAGCCUCUUCUUCCUGCACAGCCAUGGCUUCGCCGGAGGACACUGCAGAGGGGGAUGCAAAGGCACAGCUCCUGGCACAGGCGUUUCAGGGGGAAGGACUGGAUGAUGGAUACUGGCUGCCCAAAGUGUCGCAGAUCCUGGGAGUCAAGAGCAGAGAAGCCCUGCAACAUCUGGAAUACAAAGACUACCUCAAGCUGGAGUCCAUUGCAAACCAGGAGUUCCUGCAGUUGCUCAAGCGCCUUGGACUGGAAAGUCACUAUCCAAAAAAAAUGGGGAUGGGAUAUUUCCACACCAUCUGCAAGACAUCUCUGCAGGACAGAGAGCCCAGCAAGGACAAGGAACUGCCGUUUUACUUCUUGCAAAAGCUGUUAACCGUGGAUUACCGGGUGAGGUACCUGACUUGCUGGGACAAGAGCAACCCAGGGCUUGCACCCGUGCCACAAACCAGCGAGCAAAAGCAGGAACUGUCAGAUUCCUUUGAAAACUUUUUCAAUGAUUUGGGGGAAGCAGUCCCUGAACCUGCCAGCAGGGAUGGCGGUGUGCACCCCAUGGACCUGCAGAUGGCCAUUUUCCAUUGUGCUGAUGACUUCCUGAGACAGACCCUUGCAAACAAGCUGGCGUUCUGCCAACUGGCGCUGCCUCUGCUGGUGCCCAACCCAGGCACUUCACACAUUGAGUUCCCGCUCUACGCCCUCAGCCAAAUCCAAAGGAGCUGGAAAGAGGCGGACAAGUCGGGAAAGCAGGCCGGAACAAAGUGUUACAACAACAAACUCAUCUCUCAGGCACAGACGCCCAUCGUGUCCUUCAUCCGCAUUGGCAGCUCAGCCUCCUGUUCCAAGUCUCARCUGCUGAAUGCUCUGCUGAGCAAACGCAAACACGACACUUUCUUCCAUCGCCACUGCAGAGGCAGCACCAGAGAGCGAUUGCUGAUGGAAGGGGUGGUGGAGAUCGCCUGGUACUGCCCCYGUGGGAGCCCUGACGACACCUUUGAGUGCUGCGUGGCUUUCUGUAACCUGCAUGGAGACGCMCGCGAUCACGGAGCGCAGCUGCAGUUCCUGCAGGAGAUAUCUGCUGUCAACGUGGCUCUCGUAUCCGAGUUGGAGCACAUUGACAACAGUGGGAAACAGCUUCUGCAGGGCCUGUUGCAGUCGCAAAGGCCUUUGGUUUGUCUUCUCACAGAAAAAGAGAACGUUGCAGCUGGGCGACCUGGCAAAAACAUAAAAAUAGGGAUCAAGAACAGCAAUGAAGGAGAACUGAUGGUCCAGCUAACCAAGACAAUCAGCAAUCUCCUGGAAGGGUCUAGACCUCAUUUCAGCCUGGACGCCUGCCUGGACAAAGCUCUCCAGCAYGGAUUCUUUGUGGAUKCAGAUCAACCCGCGUGUGUGAUGGCCAAAGCAAAGGCAAAGGAGCUGGUGGACAUUCUGAAGAAAGAGAAACUGUCCAAGAUCAAAUCCCAACUGCUGCCCCUUCAAGGAAGACUGUGGUACCAGUGGUGCAAAAAGGACARAGAGCUCACUCGCUUGCAGGAGAAGGGGAACAAGAGCAUUGAGCAUCAUCGCAGCCAAAUUGAAAACGAGAAGGCGGCAAUAAGAAGAAAGCAACUGGAGCAAGCUUUCCCUCUCAACCGGCUGAUGAAAUCAUUCCUUGACUUUCUCCAGGCACAGCCAGCAGAUACCAAGAAAUACUUCCUGCACUGGAUGAAGGUCUUUAUGGACGAGCUUGCCAUUGAGAAAGACAUGAAAAAGUAUUUCAGGGAAGACAAAGACCAUGAGACUCUGAUCCAGUGGAAAUCAGGCACUGAGCUGAAGCUGAAAGAACUAAAAGAGACUCUUCUUCAUGAAACGAAAAAGAAAUGUGAGAAUCUCAUUGAGCUACAGAAGGAGCAGACUAAACUGGAUGCAAGGAAGCUGGAAUAUGAAGACGAGCUCCUGAGGAGGAGCAGGGACUUGGCUGUGACUCUGAAAGGGAAGAGCCUGAGCGAUAGAGAUCUGAGAGCCAACUUUACCUCACUCUGGAACAAGUGGAUUGCGGAAGUCUCCCAUGCUGCUCCUCCUCUGGAACAGGUGGAUAUUGAUGUGGAAAUCGAAAAUGUCCUUCUAGACCACUUUAAGGAGCCAGGAUUCUAUGCACAGAUCAGGUCAUUUCCCACAGGGAGAGGAUUUUCUUUUGAUCCAGAGAAACACGUGAUGAAAAAAAAGAUUUAUCGUGUUUUCACUAGGAUCGUUUGUGAUGCUGAUGUGAUGAACUUUCAGCACAUCACAGACAACAUCAUAGCGUGUGUGAGGGCAAACAUUGAUAAGAAGGAGCAGGAGAAACGGGAUUACAGUCGAAAUUUUAUCCAUGAAAUACUCAAUGAAGUACAGAAAGGUGUGAACUCUGUCCCCAGCAAUUCAACAUGGACUUUUAACAAAGAUUACAGCAUGGAUUUGUCUCUGUAUCUGUGCAGAACAGCAGCAGAAAGGUUUAAAGCCAUGCAUGAAGCAUUCCAAAAGGCAAACAACCCUGCCAUGUACCUGGACAGCAAGAGAGAAGAUUUCUUCAAAUCUUUCCAGAUUUCAUGUGAAGGAGCUACUUCUGUCACAACUUUUGUAGCAUUUCUUUGUGACAAGAUUGCCCCAGCUCUUAACCGGGCGGUCUAUGAGAGGACGGCUAAAGCCAUCACUGAGGACAUGCAGGGCAAAUUCCCAGAUUUCCAGGGCAGUAGAGCCAAUCUGGAAGUUUGUAUCCUGAGGUAUCUGGCAGAACAAGACAAUUUUGAGUAUUUCAAAUGUUACCUUAAGCGUCCUGAGGAAUGUUUUCGGAAAUACAUUGGGAUACAAGUUCAGAGUUACUGUUUGGAUGGGAGCAGGAAGCUGGAGAAAUUUUUAGAUUCCUCCCUUGAUUUUCUCUAUCGAAACAUCCUGUCAGCGGUUUCUUCAUCAACCCAAAUUGUCAAAGACAGAAUAGACAGAGAGGACAAAAUCUCUCUGUGGCUGGAUGAAUUUUGCAGGGAACUGACAGAGGCGAUGAACUUGCCCCGAAGUGACCUGAAGGGCAUCGAGCACCAGGAGGUGACAGACAUCGAGUUCCUGAGAAGUGCCAUGGCUGAACCUCUGGCUGCCCUGAGGGACAGUCUCAGGAAGGAAUUUGCUGAUGCUGAUAUGAGCUCAUUCUCAAGGCAGCCUCACACCAUCCUGGCAGAGCAKUUUUCGGGUUGCUGGGAGCAGUGUCCCUUUUGUGGGGCUGUCUGCACAAACACCAUGCAGGAACACGAUGGAGACCAUCAGCUGGUCUUCCAUCGCCCACGAGGUUUGACAGGGACCAUGUGGGAUGGGACAGACCACCUGGUCAUUGAUAUUUGUUCCAGCCUUGUUACAAGCAAUUGCAAAUUCAGAUUUUCUGGUGGCAAAUUGAUCCCCUACAAGAGAUACCGGGAUGCAGGACCUCCUGUUUCCACGUGGAACAUUCUUCCUGAUACGUCCAUGCAGGCCUACUGGAAAUGGUUCGUGUGUCGAUUCAGGAAAGAGCUGGAAGCUUUGUACAGUGGGAGAUUUCGGGGCAAGGGAAAAAUGCCUGAGUCAUGGAAGCAUAUUAAAAAGCAGCAAGCACUGGCUGAGCUGGGCCAGGGCAGGUAACAUCUAAGGAAAGCAGGAGCCACAACAGCUUCAGGGUUUACAAGGGAUUUUGUGCCCAAGUCUCCACAAAUUGCAGGUACAACGAUGAUGCUCACAGGCCCCUUGCAGACACUGGUAUUUAAUCGCUCCCAAAUGUGGGGAAAUAAGGCAGUUACUC